AUGUCCGAUCCAGUAGGCUUCAGCUUCCAAGCCGACGUGGUGAACACGGCUUCUCUGGGACACGUCUUGACCGGGCGACUGCUCAAGGCCCUAAGCGAUGGAGGUGUCGAUACGUAUGCCAUGUGGGCAGCUGUACAGCUGGGAAAGCGUAUACCAGUCCAGGAUCUGCACCAGAGCUCAUUGUAUGCCCACAUUAUGUCGAAGAAGACAUAUCAAUCGGUCCUAUCCAAAGCGCUCAGCAUCGGUUGGGGCCACUCGGCACCUGUGGCAGAUUUGGCUCGAACUGUUGCUGGGACCAAUGCUAUCAUUCUGAUUGGCGCCCUCUCAACGGGAUGCCAAGCCUUUGCGGCCGCCCAGUGUCUAUCUGAGGUGAUGGCAAUCUACGGACUUGAGGCUGAUAUGCUGCCGAGUGUCGAUGUGCUCAAGGGUUUGGUCAACUACUUGGCCCCAUUCACCCAAGACCUCGGCUUCUCGAAGGUUUUCCAGCAUAUAACGAAUCUUGCAGAGCGCGCGAUCAGACUGGAAAAUAGAGCCGUAGUAGGGCAGAAAAGAAGUUCCAGCAGAGACGGAAAUGACAUCUCCGAUUCUCUCAAUCAGUUCAUAGGCAUGGGUAGCGCUGCUUCCCUAGCUGGCGCCAUCAAACAGCUCAUUCACACAUCUCAAAAGAAGCAGAGAGAUUACAUGACGCCCAAGAUGCGCGGGUCAUGGCUCCCAGCUUUUGCGAGCCAUAUACUGGGCAUGGCUGUGGAUGUUCGUUACAAUCAAAAGAUUGUAUGGGCUAGCGGUGGUGAGCAUGGGUACAUUCUCUUUCAACUUGGUGACGAGUCUACAGCCCACGACGCUCUUCAGUUGUUCUCACAAGUCAGCGAAGUGAUUGAAGACGACUACAACGAAGAAGGGGAACUCAAAACCGGUUUUGACUCGCCCAUGGACAGAACUUCCGCCUAUUCUAUAAAAGUGCCAUUCGAUGGUAUGAGGGCAUUGGAGAAGGUUUUGAAUGUAAUGGGCAUCGAUGUCGACUUGGACGAAGAAGCCCCAGCCUUUCCCCCCAGCCUCAACCUGGGAAACCCCGUCAUCCUACAAAUGACCAAAAACGAGGAGGCUGUCGUGGAGUCCCAAGGCCUUAUCUUCCUUAACCCGAUAACCCUAGCGCUCAUGUUUUGCACAUUUGACGCCACGGAACUCAGAGUGCUGGAGGAAGUCAUUGCGGGAGAUAUCAUGACAAGCUGGAUUCAACAACUCGUCGACGGUGGGCACAUGGGCUUCCCACGUCAAGUCUUUCCGGAAGAAUUCACGACAAGCUGGAACCCAAUACUCGAAGACGAAACGUCCCUCUCUCUAUCACCUUCAUUCAUCGAUGAGAGAGAACCAGGCAGGGAGAGAAACCCAAGACGCUCCGGCAAAUUGGUACCGUCGGACGAAGACAUCUUCAAUCACCUUGGGAAACUUAACGACUAUAUCCUGACAUGGAAGGCAACGGCCCUGAUCCCACCAACGAGCUUGCAGAGGUUGUCUCCUUAG